CCGGCCCUGAGAGUCAUUAACAACCCCAGGACACUGAUAUCUCUGACCAUAAUGUCAGCAACCAGCCACUCAGUAUGGGCACCUCUUCAGUUUUACUGAAUGCAGGAUUAAAAAGAUAAGGAGGCUGCAAAGCUCAGAAUCCACAGAACUCGACCUGCCCUGACAGCAUCUGAGCCACCAUGGCAACCCGAGAUGAUGUGUAUCCAUUGGGAACCUAUUGGUAAUUUAAACCCUCUUGUAGCCGGCAGUGGAUUGAUUGAAACCUUCACCAAUGAGAUCAGCAGCUGCUUGUUCUCACCAAUGAGUGGAAGCUAGAGGCCGAGCUCUGCUCUCUUGCCAGUUUGACACUUCUAUAGUUAGAGGUGCGUUUGGGAGCUGUGGGGAGGCUGGUGAACAGACAUGCUAUUCAGCACUGGCAGAUGGCUGCGUUUGGCGCUCUGUCUCUGUGCCUGGCCUUCUGUUGAUGGUUUACGUGUCCAUGAAUAUUUAUAUUUCCAAGUGCUGAGUCCUGGGGAUAUCCGCUACAUCUUCACUGCUACUCCGGCCAAAGAUUUCAGAGGCGUCUUUAACACGAGAUACGAGCAGAUACACCUGGUCCCGGCAGACCCUCCGGAGGCAUGCGGGGAGCUAAACAAUGGAGUCUUCAUCCAAGAUCAGAUCGCCCUGGUGGAGCGUGGGGGUUGUUCCUUCUUGUCGAAGACGCGGGUCGUCCAGGAGCACGGCGGGAGGGCGGUGAUUAUCGCCGAUAACGCAUAUGACAACGACAGCUUCUACGUCGAAAUGAUCCAGGACAGCACGAGGCUGACGGCGGACAUUCCUGCUCUCUUCCUCCUGGGCAGGGACGGGUACAUGAUCCGACGCUCCUUGGAACAGCAUGGACUCCCCUGGGCCAUCAUCUCCAUCCCCGUCAACGUUACCAGCAUCCCCGCCUAUGAAAUGAUGCAGCCUCCAUGGACCUUCUGGUAGUGGGGAGAGAAAGGGAAGGUCUUGGAGCCUUCUGGAUGGAUUUGUUGAAGGGAUUGGCCUUGAAGAACAGCCCCCGCCUGCCCCCAAACUCCACAAUCCAAACUCACUGGGUGAUUCCCACUGGAAUUAUUGUGCUGCAGCUGGUAGCCAGCUAAAUUCAGACAUCACCGCAUCAUUCACUGUCACCGCCAGAUGACUUCCUUAGUAACUAUUUCCGGGCGGGCAGGCAGAUAUCCCAGAGUCUGAGAGGCCAGAGCGCACUAGAGGAGCUGUAAGAUAGCAGGGGCAUUGCAAACAAUGGCAGGUGCACACUGCCAAUCUCAAAUGAAAUGGUACCGUGUGGAUAAAGCGUAACAAGGGGAAAGAGUAAUGCACGGGGGGGAUCAUCCUGUGCUAGCAGGACCCGCCAGGUCGGCCAGAGGUUUAUAUUUUUCGGCCGAGUGGCGCCAGAAGCCUAAACUCAGGCAAGAUGAGGGUGCCUGGAGGAGAGAGGAAGUGUCUCUGUGUGGGUUUGUUUCGGAGAUGGGGUUCAGAAGAGAGAAAUCCCUCCUGUUGAAAUCCAUGGAAGUCAGGCACCUAAAAAUCUCUCUGAGGAUGUGGGCUCGGACUCCUCACGUCUAAGGAACGAGGCUGCCGGAGCCUGAGGCUGUUCUGGAGCCAGCCCAUAACCACAAGCGAAUACAGGAAUCAACUGCCAUGGGCCAGAUUCACCUCUAGCGUAAGCCAGCACAACCCCACUGGCUUCACCAGGAUACUCCCACUUCCACCUAGGCCCAGUGGCCAGGCCAGGCAAGGCACUAAGAGACGGACACAGUGUGGGUGCAAACCUGGGACGUCUGAAAUACUGACUGGGGGGGGUGUGCAUUUUCCAACUCGCUCUCUGCACCGCACAGACGUAGGGGAACAGGCUGACCACUUGAGAGCCUCUGGCCCGGCUAGGCAGCCCCUUUCUCAUGAUCAUCUCUUUCCCCAUCUGCUUGCACAAUGCUGCUUCACGCGGCUCUUCCUGGAUCGCCUGUAAGCCAGGCCUCACUCAAACAUUUUACCAUAACCUGGCACAAGAGCAUCAAGCCACUCCCCCCAUCUGUGUGUUGUGCUGGUGAUUGGUCCACUGUCCUCAGGUGUCUUCUAAUUGGCUGAAGAAGCCACCAGUAGAUAAGCAGGGUGGCUGAGGCUCAGCGCAUUUAUCCUAAAAAGCAGGGUCCACUCCUAUGCAGGUCUUUUAAGUGACUGGAACCUUCUUCCCUGGUAGUUUCGACGGGUCAGUAGAUUUCCAGCUUCCCCAGCAGAUCUGUUGCUCUGCACGUUGGGUGAGUUUUGGCUCAGCCUUCGCAAGAAGAUACAGUGGGGUUGCACACGGCGGCCAGGGCAGCAGCGGAAGAGGUUGGACUGUCGCCACCUGCCACUGUAUCGUCCUCUCCAGAUCCAAGGCUGUUCCCCUAGCCCUGAGCUGUCUCCGGCUCCUCUGGAGCACCUGGCUUGAUCUGGUCUGCUCCGCCUGUUGCAUUAUUUAAAUUUUGGGUUGGGUAUUUUAAGGGCUUUUUAACGGAAUUCUAAAAAUAAA